AUGUGGACCACGAACUAUCUGUCAUCACAAACUGAAACGGAUGAUUUUGACCUGUUUCCGCCUUUCGCAAAGCGAUCAAAGGAAGUGACUCGUUUCAAUGAGGAGACUGUGUUACCUGUGCAGCCACAAUAUGGCGAGACUUUCUGGAAGACAGCUGUGCCAAUAUCAUGCGAGGACUUGUUCACAUAUGAACCCUUUCUUGCUUCAGCCCUGUACUCCAGUUCACCUGUUGGGAUGGUGAGCAGACAUAAAAGAGUGAGCAGCCUGACUCAUGAGAAUCUGCCGCAUCCUUCACAGCUGAUGAGUAGAAUGAGAAGAUAUCACAGACUACAGAAACACACACCAAGCGUUCUGCAACAUAUAGGAGAACUCAGGAUGAAACAGCGCCAUAUAAAUGAGCUGAAGGGGGACAAAUGGUGGGGUGCCACAGCUGUGCCCAGGCCAGAGGACAGCAGCGGCUCACCUGAGGGUGGAGAUGAGCAGCUUCUCGGUCCUGCAGCUGGUGUGAGCUUCAGUGCUAUGCUAAUGGACAGUCCUGAUGUGACCAUGACAAUGCCUUAUGAAGCUGCUCCCUCACCGACUCUUCUGUGCUCAUUUACAGAAUAUGAGCAGUUUCAUGACCUUGCUCCAGGAGGGAACCCCAUGAUGGCGUUUGUUUCGGGAACAGUGAGCAGACAUAAAAGAGUGAGCAGCCUGACUCAUGAGAAUCUGCCGCAUCCUUCACAGCUGAUGAGUAGAAUGAGAAGAUAUCACAGACUACAGAAACACACACCAAGCGUUCUGCAACAUAUAGGAGAACUCAGGAUGAAACAGCGCCAUAUAAAUGAGCUGAAGGGGGACAAAUGGUGGGGUGCCACAGCUGUGCCCAGGCCAGAGGACAGCAGCGGCUCACCUGAGGGUGGAGAUGAGCAGCUUCUCGGUCCUGCAGCUGGUGUGAGCUUCAGUGCUAUGCUAAUGGACAGUCCUGAUGUGACCAUGACAAUGCCUUAUGAAGCUGCUCCCUCACCGACUCUUCUGUGCUCAUUUACAGAAUAUGAGCAGUUUCAUGACCUUGCUCCAGGAGGGAACCCCAUGAUGGCGUUUGUUUCGGGAACAGCCCAUAGAUCGCUCUUGAUGGCCGAUAAUGUGUGUGCCGCAGUGAAUUCUGGGACAUCUGAUAGGAUCCUCGGGAGCAAUGACGAUACGAUGUCUUAA